UCUUCUUCUUCUUCUUCUUCCCCAAUGUUGGGUUCGCUUCAAUACCCUUCUCAGCUCUCAAAGAAGCAGCAGAAACAGGAAAGAGAAUGGUUUGCAGUGAGUUUCAAGCCAGAGAAUUUCAUUCCAGGUCUAGUCAUUGGUUUCAUUUUUGGGUUGUUCUUGGACUUAUCAAAACCCAUCAAAAACAAUAAUAAUACUACUCCUAAGAAGGCGGCCAAUCUCUUACUGGGAAAGCAGCAAAGACUGGUCUCAACUAACACUGAUGAAGAGCUUAAAAUGGAUGAUAAUAGGAAGUGGCUUACGAGCAUCAAUGGAAGGUUUUCUUGAUGCUUUUAUGGAGCA